AUGGAUGAAUUUCUGGUCGUCAUUCACAGUGAAGAUAUGCUCAAUAAUAUUGAGAAACUGUACAUUUCUGGUGACGCUUCAAAAUCUUAUGCGUCUUUACAAAACGCCAUCUCCAUCAUUAACAGUUGCCCAGUGAUUGUUUCACUCGCCUUAUUCCUGUUUGGAAAAUACGAACAGUUAAAGCGAGAAUACGUUGACCUAUCUGUAUGGGACACAUGGUGCAAACUGUUUCAGAAAAGCGAUGCAGCAGCGAAAAAGCGCUUGGAUGGCAAACUGUAUCAGCUCUUCCCGUGCCAUCUACCAACUUCUGGUUUUUUAAGAAAUUUAGUUGCCUUUAGUGGAGAAAAUUCCCAUGUUGUCAAAAGGAUACCCAAAAUUUGCAAUGCAUUAAUGAACAAUUCUCAUCUUCACAUUGGUUCUGAGUAUAAAUGCUUCCUCUAGUUGGUACAAGAGCUUAUUUUGAAUUAUGGGGGAGCAAAGCUGGAUGAUAGUAUAUUCCACCUGAUUUUCAGCACGUUACACAUUCUAGCUAAAUUAUCAAUCGACUGCUCAAUCCCUGAUGUCAUCAACAACUUGAGUCGUAUUAUUGCUGAUGUUGACGGGCACAUUGGUGUACAAUGCAGAGCGUUGAUGGCCCUAAGAUGUCUGAGCAGCAAGCAUCUGGACACAGCUACAUUGGAACACUGGAACGCCUUACUAUAUAAAUUCUAUGAAAUCGCGCAAACUGAAAAAAAUAUUCUCUUUUUGGGAGCUGCUUUAAUUAGCGCCCUCAUAGAUGUGUUGCGGUGCAAGAUGAGAUUGCUUGAUCAAAUAACAGAUACGGAUGACCUCGUGGCAGAACAAAUGUGGAAUGAGGGAUCGGAAAUCUACCGUGUAACCAGUGACUUAUUGGGAUCAGCGGUACACCGGAUAGGCCAUUUUUCUCCGUCGCUUUGUCGGCAAGUUCAGCGAGGCCGUUCAGAUAAAGUUGGCAAUUCGUGCAAUGAGCUUUACUGGACUUUGAAGACACUUCAUAAGCCUUUACCUCAAUCGAAAUGGCGCUACAACCUUUACGACAAACCACAUUCAAAAGCAAAAACGACUGAUCUUAUGGAUGUCUUCGAUUAUUCUGAACGGAACCAUCUGCGGAUGGCCAACAUCACUUUCCGCGUGAGAAACUGGAAACAACGUCCAAUGCACUUGCUUAAGAAAAAGGUGCCACAAUGCCCUAGUGCGUCCUUCUCAAACUUUGCCGUUUUAGCCAGUUCCAAGUUCAAAUGUAUUUCAAAGUGUUAUGUCGUCAACUCAACGUUGCUUUUCAACUGUCUGGUUGAUUUGAUUUUGUAAAAUAUGUGGAAAUUUAACAUUCAACCAAGCUGUUAUAUAGGCAUCAACAACCACAAAAAUCACAAAAUUUAUAGGAUUUAACAUGUCUUAAAUGUAUCUUGAAACGAUAAUG